CGAGUGCAGACCAAAAGUAGCCAAGCUGUUGGAGAGUAACAAUCGGUGGGGAGUGGUAUUAAGUACUCAGUGGUGGGGGUGAGAAGGUUUCGCAGCGUCUGUUGCUCGGGGCAGUGCCAGCAUGUCUUUGCUGGCGCAGAGCCAGCAGUGGUACCCGACCCAUGUCAAGGUGGUGGUGAUCCGGGCUCGGGGCCUGCGGACCAAGGGCAAGGAUGGCACCAAUGACGCCUACGCCAUCAUGCAGCUGGGUAAGGAGCAGUACUCCAGCUCGGUGGCGGAGAAGACCACCGCCCCCCAGUGGCGGGAGGAGGCGGAGUUCGAGAUGCCCCCGCUGCAGCCGGGCCGGGCCGACAAGAGCACCCUGCGCCUCACCGUCAUGCAUCGGGCGCUGGUGGGGCUGGACAAGUUCCUGGGCCAGGCAGCCAUCAGCCUGAGCGAGCUGUAUGCAAAGAAAACCCGGAGCAAGGUCGGGUGGUACAGACUCCACUCCAAAACCGGGAAGGUGGACAAGGAGAGGGGCGAGAUCGAGGCGGACAUCCAGUUUGUGCGCAACAACAUGACGGCCAGCAUGUUCGACCUGUCGGCCAAGGACAAGUCCCGGUCCGCCCUGGGGAAACUGAAGGACAGGCUCAAGGGAAAGAAGAGAGACGGCUUCUCGGACUCUGCGUCCGCCAUUGUGCCCAGCCUUGGCGCCGUCGGGGACAGCGACGAGGAGGACGAAGAGGCGGCCAGGGCUGCCACCACCUCCAGGCUCAGGAAGCUCCUGCCCAAGUCGACCCUGCAGCGCACCUCUCUCUCCCAGUCCAUGUCCGUCAUCCCCACCGCCCCAUCCUCGCCACCUGGCAACGCCAGCCCUGGGGGCUUCACGGAGAUACGCCUGGACGACUCGGCGGGAGAGGAGAGUUCAGGCAAGGGCUUGCAGGUCCCCACGAUUGUGAGCCACAAGCGGGCGGCCAGCACCGACAACACGCAACUGGACCUGGCGUUGCCCGGGAACCCGAGGAAGGAGCCUCUGUCACUCUUCGGGGGUCUGAGGCCCAAGAGCGACCCUGUGUCCCAGUCCAACCUCUGCAUCAACGGCUCCCACGUCUACACGGAGGAGCCAAGCCAGGCUGUGCCGUCCAAGCCAAGGCCCGAGCCCCGGAGCCGCUUCUACGCCCCGUCCCCCGAAGAGGACCCGAGGCCGGAGACCCCUCCCCGGGCCACAGCUGACACCCCAGGCCCUGCCUCGGCUGAGAGAGGCGUGGGCAGCCCGGACCCCGGCGUCGGGAGGGCAGGCCCCCGCUCCCGAGGAGCGCGUGCAGUCGCUGAACCCCUUCGAGGCCAACGAAGAAGAAGAGGAGCAGGUGGGCAGCGGGGAGGCGAUGCCAGAGGAGCCCAGCCCCAGGCCAAGAAGGAGGAGGCCGGCAGAGGGGGCCUGAUGUCCCUCUUCCCCAAGAAAACGGAGGCCCCCAAAGCCCUCGAGGGGAAGGAGCUCCGCAGGACCUCAGAGGAGGGCCGGGGGGAGGUGAAGAAGCCAGCGAGCACCUCGGUGUGGGCAAACAGGAUGGCGGCCAUCAAACCCAAAUUGGAGGUGUCUCCGAAGGCCGAAGCCAGAGCUGGAACCUCGUCGUCCCCUCCCCCCUUCCACACAACUCAGGCUGACCCCUUCCAUUUGGCUCCUCCUGUGGGAUCAAGGGGCCCCAGCUCGGCCAGCCUUGGGGACUUGGCACUCCGGGAAGCCCUGUCUCCGCGAUCCCCUUCCCCAGACAUGGGGACAAUGCGCAAGGGACCCCUUGGGAGGGGCACCAGGGGACGAGGGGAGGGCAAGGGUCACCCGGGAGCCCGGGGGCAGCAGGAGAGGGCUUGGAGGGUGGGGGAGCCCAGGUCCCGUGCCGCGAUCCCAGUCCAACCAGCUCCCUGGAGCCCCGGAGUUCCCCCCGCCCUCCUCCUCCCCCAGGGCGCCCCCUACAGUGCUGCCGAGGGGUGGGGCUUCCAAAUUGGGGCUCCCUACCCGGCGCCCAGGGGUGUGCCCCAAACGGGCCCUUCCCCUCCCCCUAGCCCUCCACAUCUAGGCCUGGGCUUGCCUGUGUCCCUGGAGAGCUCAGAACGGGCAGGGGAGCCUCCGGACGCCUUGGAGCUUCCCGGUAUUCCCGAGGAGCCUCAUGUCCAACAGGAAGCUCCCGUGCCCCGGGAUGGUGAUCCACCCCAGCUGCCGGCCAGCGACGCCCAUGGGGACAAGAUGGCGACUGGGACAGUGGAGGAGCCGGGGCUGGGGGUUGGCUUUCCCGAGACCCCCGCAGCCCCGGAGCCCGAGCCCGUGCCCGUGCCCAGGCCUCCCCCAGAGCAGACCCCCACCCAGGCGCGCUCCCACCCUCCUCCAGUCGUCUCGUCCUCCUUCGCCUCCGGCCCCGUCCCCUCCUCUCCUCUCCCCGUCCUCUCCCCCAUGAUCAGCGCUGCUCACUCGGUGAAUCCUUCUGGGCCAGGAAUCUCUGACCGGAAGAGGCUGCCUCAGGCUAAUGUCUUGCCCACGGAGACACAGCCAAUCGAGCCCCAGAGCAGUGAAUCAGCAGUACCUUCCAGGCGCAGGCCCCAUCCUGUGAAACCCAUGACCGCGGCCGAGCCCAAGAUCCACGAUGUGAGCUCGGAGGAGAACCUCAAGGCCCGCCUCAAGGUGGUGGACACCGUCGUGACCAGACCUGCAACUGGGCAGGCGGUGACCUUCGGCGAAAGGCUGACCUCUCCGAAGGACUGUGACCCGUCCGACCCAGCGGCUGCCUACUCCCUGCUGACCCACGAUGAGCUGAUCCAGCUGGUCCUGAAGCAGAAGGAGAUAAUCUCCAAGAAGGACUGCCAUGUGCAGGAGCUGGAGAACUACAUCGAUAACUUGCUGGUGCGGGUGAUGGAGGAGACGCCCAACAUCCUGAGGGUGUCCUACCAACCCCCCAGGAAGGCCGAGCGAGUGUGACCGAGGGGUGGGGGAGCUGAUCCCAACUGUGCUGCUACCUGAUCGAUUACAUAGCCUGCCUUUUUAACAGACCCUGGGGCUGGAGCGUGGUUUGAGUUUUAUCCAUACUGCUGCCUGACCUGUGUCGAAUGCAUUGGGGUAUGAACUCCUGCUCUCUUCCCCAGUCCAAGUCUCCUCCAGUCUCCCGAUGAAAGCACAGCUUACCGCAGCCCGCCCCCCCAACCCGAAACAAACACUCUCACUCACUCCCGAGUUGUUCUAUCUGACCCAACACAGCCUCCUCGCCUGCAAUCCUGGAGCUGAGGGGUUAGGAUCAGACAAGGAUCGUUCUCCUGUAGAAACACUCAAAUUCGGAGUUGGUUGUGGGGGUGGUGGGGCUGCUAAUAAUUAUCUCCCCACCCUGACAAUUCUUACUGGACCUGUACCCUUUGACUCCUGUGGCAUACUAAAGCUUUUGUAGCUUUCUGCAUCUCGGGAAGUGGUCUGGGGUUUUGUGAGCCAAGAGGGGCAUUUUACACUCUGUACGUGAACAUUUUUUUUUAGAAGAGUGUGUCUUUAAAAGGUCUGAUUUUUAAAAUGGGUGAGUAUUGAUUGGUUGCCUCAGAGCUGAUUUUAGUGUCCACUUUACUCCACUGUGAAUCUCUUGGCACUUUUUCCCUCUGAUCUUUUUCAAAUCUGAUGUCUUUCUCUGUAAAUGAAGGCAAGUGGGCAGUGGUCAGUGUUUAAUAAUACGUCUUUGUCCUGAAUUUAUUUUUUGAGGAUGCUCAAUUUUUAAGAUUUUGCUGACUAACCUUUGUGGUUCACCGAUCUGUCUGAAAGGGGUCUCUAUAGGUAUCUGUCGGGAAGAGAGUUAACUUGCUGUGAUAGCCAGUCGCAGCAGUGUCUGAGGCCCCUCGGGCAGCACCUUCCAAACCCACCACCCACUUCCAUCCAGAAGGACAAGGGGCAGCAGGUACAUGGGAACACCCCCCCCCCCCCCCCCAGCAAGCUCACCCUCCGAGCCCCUCACCAUCCCCGACUUGGGAAAUAUCGGCCGUUCCUUCAGCGUCGCUGGGUCAGAAUCCUGGGACUCCCUCCCUGAGGGCACCAUGUGGGGGUCCCUACAGCAAACGGGACUGCAGCGGCUCACCCCCACCUUCUCAAGGGGAGGGGGCAAUUCGGAGGGAAUGGGGCAGAAAAUGGAGACCUUGUGAAAGAAUGUUUUGGGGGGAAAAAGAAUAAUGAUGGUACAGACCAUGCCCAGAUGGGAUGACAACUAUGAAGUCCUGAUGUGAACAAAUUGACCUUCGAACCUCAUUGAUCUGGUAACUAAUUUGGAGCGUUCCACUGUAAUACAAAUGGAUUUGAGGCUGUAGUUUGGAGAAGUGUGGGGUCGGUCACUGUGAAAAGCCUUUAUAAAAGGUACUGAAAUUUUUUAAAAACUUUGAGCAGAACAGAAGAGGUUGGGAUGCCCAGCCUUUAACUGCAUGCCGGACUCAUCCAACCUUUCUCCUCUCCGGGCCAGACUACAUUUUGGUGAAUGGCAGAUGGUCCUUCAACAGAGUUUAGGGCUGCUGUUGUACAUUACAUUGACUGUACAUUGUUUUACAUAAUUUUAAUAUAUUGAGAUUUACAAGCAGUUGCAGAAUCCCCACUGAUGCCAGAUGGUAAAACGGUGUUGACACUUUUUUUUGAGAGGCAUCGAAACUUGCUUGCCAAGGGCUCUGAUGGCCUGCCUGCUCGACGUUGGGACUUUCGGGCCAAGCCCCCCGCUAUGCCCGCCUCCGUCUGCACUGAAGGUAACAGCGUGGAUGCGACCGGCGCAGCCCCGGUGGGCUCUGAGCAAGAACCAGGACAGCACCUCGUACACGCUGUGCGAAGAGCUGCUUGGGAUCAGCUCCUUAACGAUUCUGCUCCGGGUGGCACCUGGUGACCCUCAGCCCGCUGUGCUGAGAGAUAGCUCAUCCUGGGUUAGGCACUCAGUUUGGGGGCGUGAACUGUUUCUCACGCCUGACUUCUCCCAUCCUCUUCCAAAGUUGUCCCUCCUCACUGCGUUCCUGCUUUCCACCAAGUGAUCCGAGGUUUGGGGGGGUGGGGAGAGAAUCAGAUGCACAGGAAGGAGGCCUCGUGAAAACGCUCAUGCGGUAGAGGUCAAGUGCUUUAGCAAUGCAGAUGCUUGUUACAGGAGCUGGGAGAGAGGGAAAGAUUCCUACUGUAACUUCUGAACAGCCGGUGCCUGCAAUGCUCUCUCCCUGUUUGCUGCUGGGCAGGGGCUGGGAUAGAAGUUCUUGUGCUGUCCCAGAGGAGGUGUGCCAGCUGGUUGCCAAAUGGGCUGGGCGAGAGGUGUCACCCCUGCCAAGCGCACCAGUAGGCUGAUGACCGGCAGUUAACUGCCAGACCUCGCUUUCAGUUUCAAAGCGGGCACCUUGGCUGUGACCAGCUUGAGAUGUUGCCAGUGAGGAAGGAGCCAUGGAGUGGGCCUCGUGGCAAGCUAAGGGACUUUGAUGUAAAUGCGGCUUUCUUCCCAGCAACGCCAAAAGGACAGGGAAUGGGGGACAUGGCCUCAUCCUCGUUGUUGCCUCUGUAUGGGAUUAACCCCAUAUGAUGCUUGACUCUCACACUAAGACCUUUUGACUUGGUCCUUCCUGUCACACGCAGACGAGACCCUUCCCCAUUCCUUCCGAGAAUUUUGGGGAGGGUGGCACCGAAGGCUGGUGCAGUUGAGUGCCUCAUUUCAAGUUUGUUUUUUGCUAGAACACUAUUAUUUGGGGUAACAGGGAACGCUGAGAGCUAAUGCCCAGUUGGUUCUGGGUGCGGUCUCCCCCCGAUGUGUUGUCAUGCAGCCAAAACCCUGUUGCAGCUCGCUACAGAGGGGCCAGCUGACCCCCCGCUUCCCCCAGCCUGUAUCUCGAGGGCGGGGGGGGGGGGGGGUACCUCAUUCCAAUGUCAUGUGUGCUGCUGGCUUUUCGGGUCAAAUACUGGCGUAGAACCCCCCCCCCCCUCCCAACCACUCUGUUCGGCUCGGGGCCUGACUCCUGCCCUUAUGAGGAGCAAUGCUGCAGGGACUGGCUCGACUGUUUCCUGCGAUGAGGAACCUUUGCACAAGUUUAUUUCUGUUUUUAAAAGCCUCUGGCGGAUGUUGGCUGGCAUUGCUGGGGAGACUGGUGCAGGCUGUUUAGCGAUUUCUGUGUGACCAUUUGAUUUAUGCGGUUUUCCUGCACAUAAAGUAUGAAAAUAGCAAUACCAUUCUUUCUCUCCAGUUUGAUUUUUUUUUUCCUUGAGUGCAUUAUAAUGUGUGCAUCGAAUGAAUGUAAGAACAAAAUUAACUGAGCUGCUUGGGACGCGUUUGAUAAUUUGACUCCUGACCAAAAUAAACUCCUUUUUUAUAAAC